AUGGCCCCGCGCGAGGAACUCGUCGACCGGCAAAACCAGGUCUUCUCGCUCGACAAACGAGACUGUGUGAAGACCGGGUGCAAGUGCGACACCCGCGGCUACCAGCGAAGAGUCUGCGGGGCCUGCAAGCACCCUGACACUAAGAAGUACAUCGUCACGAGGAAGAGGAUCAGAAACCACAUAUACGAGUGUUCGGCUGAUGGCGAGUCUUGCUGUGACUAUGGGGUUGCUGAUGAUUGUGGCAAAAAGGGGCAGAGAUGCCUCUUUGUCUAG